AAGCCCCCCUGAUUCCAUCGAGAAAAAAGAAUCCAGCUCUCGCGAACCUCCUUCUCCGUCAAGGGACGCACCCUUGCUGAUUACAAUAUCCAGAAGGAAUCCACCUUGCACCUGGUGCUCCGCCUGCGUGGUGGCAUGCAAAUCUUCGUGAAGACCCUCACUGGCAAGACCAUCACCCUGGAGGUGGAAUCUUCGGACACCAUUGACAACGUGAAGGCGAAGAUCCAGGACAAGGAGGGUAUCCCCCCGGACCAGCAGCGCCUGAUCUUUGCCGGUAAGCAGCUCGAGGAUGGUCGCACCCUUGCAGAUUACAACAUUCAGAAGGAGUCUACUCUCCACUUGGUGCUCCGUCUUCGUGGUGGCCAGUGAGUUCCAUGCGACCUUGGAAGUUUGAUUCGCAAGUCUGUUACGCGUGGUGGUUUCUUCCCUUGUCUCUUCGGUUACUAUGUGCAAGUCUAUGUCAUGUGUCGUUUGUGAAACUCUCUAGUCCUGUGCCUUAUGGCAAUGUGAUCUCUGUUAUGAAUUAAGUGAGACCUAAAUCUUUUUAAUA